AUGUCGCCCAACAACCAAGUGGUCGCGGACAUCCGGGGCAAGAUCGAGCGUGAACACAAGUUGAUCCAGGGGUUUCAGGCGCUCAAGAAGAAGACGCAAAACCCGGAAGUGAUCCAAAAGUGCAACAACCAGAUCCGCGACACUCAGGCCAAUAUCGACUUUUUGCAGCAGACGUUGGACAAGUUACAGUUUCAGCAGCAGCAACAGGACCAGCCCCAGCAAAAGCUCAACUACACGCGGUUUGAUUUGAUCAAGUAUGACUGUCCCUCGUUGGGGCACAAAAUCCAGCAUAUGGUCCAGCAGCUCCAAUUCAAGCUCCAGGUGGAAAAUCAGUACCGUGAAGCCAACCAAAAGAUUAGUCAUUUGUAUCUUUUGGACGGGGACAAACUGCUGCUGCUGGCAGCGGAGGGGGGGAAGAUGGAGCUGGAUCAACGGAUCCAAUUGCUCAACAAGCUGUUGAGAUUCUACCAAAACAUGCACAUCGACGUCGAGGACAUCACCAAGGACUUUGAGAUCGCCACCACCCCGAAACAUGCGCGCAGACCGUUGCUGGGGAAAUUGACCGUCGCCAUCACUUGUGUGCGCGAUAUUGACCAUGUGGCGCUGCCGAUGUUCAACAGGAAGCCGGAAACGAUCGUCGUGGUGAAGUUGGAUGACGUCGAACAGGCUCGUACCCGGGGGCUGCGUACUGACAAGUUCAAUGAGGAAUUGGUCAUCGACGUCGACCGCGGUAACGAAAUUGAGAUUUCUGUGUUUGACAAAGUGGGGUCAAACAACGUGCCGGUAGCUGUCAACUGGGCGCUUUUGCUGGAUAUCACUGAAGAAAUCCGUAAGAAGAAAGUGGCGGCGGAAUGGCAACUGCUUGACGGUGAAAACCAACAGACACCUCAGCCUAAUGUCAGCGUCCAGGCAUGGCUUGCGCUUGAACCGGCGGGGCAAAUUUUGGUGACAUUGCUGUUUGAGAAGCGUUCCACUGGACGCCAAUUCGGCGGCGGUAUCGGUCGUCACGGGGCUAUCAGAGAGAAGAAAGAAGAAGUGUUUGAACACCAUGGCCAUCAGUUUGUGCAAAAGCAGUUUUACAACAUUAUGUGCUGUGCUUUCUGUGGUGAGUUUUUACGGUACACUGGGUAUCAAUGCCAGGACUGUAAGUUCUUGUGCCACAAAAAGUGUUACACGAAGGUGGUCACUAAGUGCAUUCUGAAGCUGCAGACCGAUGUUGACGACGAAACCAUGCUCAACCACCGCAUUCCCCAUCGUUUCGAACCGGUGGCGAACCGUGGUACCAAGUGGUGUUGCCACUGUGGUCACAUCUUGCCGUGGGGUAAAAAGAACGUCCGUAAGUGUACUGAGUGUGGGGUUAUGUGCCACACUUACUGUACCCACUUGGUUCCCAACUUGUGUGGUAUGCUGAUGGAAAUGGCUAAUAAGAUUUUGGCCACCAUCAACCAGACUAAGCCGCGUAAGGUCACUAAGCCUGUCGCUAAGCCGAAGGCUCGCUUACCUCCGCCCAAGACCCCGGACUCGCUCGUGUUCCCUGAAGGUCCUGGCCACCGGCACCAGCAUAGCUUCGACGCUCUGGGUCCUGACGGGCGCGAGCAAAUGCCGGGCCACCGUCCUCAACACAGCUUCGACAACUCGCCCAGUAAGCCGCUCAUCGCGGUGUCUGACCACCUGGCUAAGAACAAGCUGUCGCCUCAAUCACAACUUAAUCAACCACCAGUGCAAUCACCCUACCGAGGCCUGGUGCAACUGCCGCAAAGAAAAUACCCCGAACUGUUGCCCACUGAAACCAACAACGAAUAUCAACAAGCGGUGGAGCGUGAUGAUUACCGCUACGAUAAUUACAAGCCUCGUGCUGCCGAGGCUAACGACCCUUAUAAGUUGCCUGAAGUGAAGAGCAAUAACCCCUUCUCCGAUGACUUCGCUAACUUCGACUACCAAAACCCUCAACUGGAAUUGCUGGCUGAAGAACAAGCGUACGUUGAACGCCAGCAAGAGUACGUCCAAAUGCAAAAGAAGGAACUGACGCCGGCGACUCCCGCUAAGUCGGAAGACGUCGACAUGAAACCGGCUCAACCAAUUCUCAGCUACCCGGCCGCUGACGAAAGUGUUGCUAGUGGCAAUGCCAGCGAGACGCGGACGACCACGGGUUCGAAGAAGAAGAAGCGGAGAAAGGUUGGCUUGGACGACUUCCAGUUCCUUGCGGUGUUGGGUAAAGGUAACUUCGGUAAGGUGAUGUUGGCUGAGCUGCGUCACACGUCGAACUUGUGCGCCAUCAAGGUGCUUAAGAAGGACUUUAUCGUUGAGAACGACGAAGCCGAGCUGGUGAAGCUGGAAAAGCGGGUAUUUUUGACUGCUAACAAGGAGAAGCACCCCUUCUUACUCAACUUGCAUUGCUGCUUCCAAACCGAGAACCGCAUUUACUUUGUGAUGGAGUUCAUUUCCGGGGGUGAUUUGAUGUGGCACAUUCAAAAGCUGCGGUUCCUGGCGAAACGGGCCAAGUUCUACGCCUGCGAAGUGUUGCUUGGUCUCAAAUACUUCCACGACAACGGUAUCGUUUACCGUGAUUUGAAGCUUGACAACAUCUUGUUGACCACGCAAGGUCACAUCAAGAUUGGUGACUAUGGGUUGUGUAAGGAGAACAUGUGGCACAAGCUGACGACGGGCACUUUCUGUGGUACCCCUGAAUUCAUGGCGCCGGAAAUUAUUGCCGGUAAGCCUUAUGACCGGCUGGUUGACUGGUGGGCGUUUGGGGUGUUGUUAUUCCAGAUGCUUUUGUGCCAGUCGCCGUUCAAGGGGGACGACGAAGACGAAAUCUUCAAUGCCAUCGAGCACGACGUGGUGCGGUACCCGAUCCUGAUGCCCCGGCAGACGGUGUUGGUGUUGCAGGCCUUGUUGACCAAGGACCCCCGCCAACGUUUAGGGGCGCUGGAGCGCGACGCCCUCGAGAUCAUGGAGCACCCCUACUUCAGCGACGUCAACUUCGACGACGUGUUGCAUUGCCGCAUCCCGGCGCCGUACAUCCCUGAGGUGCUGAGUGAGCACGACUACCUGAACUUUGACCAGGAGUUCACCAGUGAAACCCCCAGGUUGACCCCCGUGGAAACGGUGUUGACCCUGGACAUGCAGGAACAGUUUAGAGGGUUCAGUCACAUCGCCGAUAAUGCUACCAUAUAA